AUGAAAUUCUCUGCUUCCUUCGUUGCAGCAGCCUCAGUGUUCCUCACCAGCACUGUUUCUGCUGGUAGUACCACUUUUGUCAAGUAUUCUGGUCUCGGUUACAGUGGCCAUUAUAAUGACAUCACCGAUAUGGAUGAGUCUAGUGGUACUUGUAGCUCCUCUUCCAAAUCUUUCAGCGGGAACUUGUCUCCAUUGGAUGAAGAAUUGUCUGUCCACAUCAGAGGGCCAAUCAACUUGAAGAAAUUCGCCGUCUACACCGCCAGCUCUACCUCUUCUAAGAAGAAGAGAUCCGAAUGUGAAGAAAAGGUUAACUUGAAGAGACAUCAACACAAGAGAGAAGCCAACACAUACACCGUUGACGUUACCCAAACCGUUUAUGUCACUGCCGGUCAAGAUGAAACCACCACCAUUGGUAGUAGUUCUGUUGCUGCUGUUGCCACCACUGCUUCUUCCUCUGAUGCCACCUCAACCAUCACCAGCUCCAAAUCUUCUUCCUCUUCCUCUGCCUCUGGCUCUUCCUCUGCUUCUUCUUCAGCUUCCUCCACCUCUUCUUCUUCUUCUUCUAGUGCCUCUGGUGCUUGGUCUAGAUCCUCUUACUAUGACGCCUCUGCCAGCUCCGCUGACAACGUGGUGUUCAUGAACCAUUUGGGUGACACUUCUUACUCCGGUACCUGGUCUUCUACCUUUGGUAACUCCAUUUCUUACUGUAAUGCUGCCGGUACUGGUAAAUCUGCCACUUCCGUCACCCUCAGUGACACCACUUUGGCCUCCAACAAAGAAGUUGUGAUGUUCUCCGGUAGCGAAUGUGACAGCGACUGUGGGUACUACAGAGAAGGUAUUCCAGCUUACAAAGGUUGGGAUGGCUCAGCCAAGAUCUUUGCUUUCAACUUCAAGAUGCCAACUGACUCUUCUGGCGAUUCUAGUGUCGAUAACUACGAUAUGCCAGCCGUGUGGUUGUUGAACGCCAAAAUUCCAAGAACUUUGCAAUACGGUGAUGCCUCUUGUUCAUGUUGGUCCACUGGUUGUGGGGAAUUGGAUUUGUGGGAAGUCGUCACUAGCGGUUCUUCUCAAUUGACCAACCAUUUGCACGAUGGUCAAGGUAAGGAUGGUACCAGAUACGGUGGUGGUGGUUCUUCCGACUACUUUACCAGACCAACCAGCGAUUACGUCACCCUCGUGGCCGUGUUUGACGGUAGUGACGUUUACUUGACGCAAGUUGAUGAUUUUGACUUUGACAGUUCUCUUGAUUCUUCUACUGUUUCUGGCUGGUUGACCGGCACUGCUUCUGAUGCCAUUUUGGUUUAA